AUGAACUACUCGAUAUCAGGGAACGAGAUCUUCACGACGAAUCCCUACGCGGACCACUCAAACCUCUCCGAGACGGAAGCAGAGGUCCUCUGGCAAUACGCGAAGCUCUCCCAGAACAUCAAGGAGCUCAUCGUCGAGACGCGUAGACUGAGUGAAGCGCCGGACGAGUCCAUGCUAAGGAGGUUGCGGGCGUUGGAGGUAAAGAUGGGGUUGGUGCUAACGCUUUUCAAGGCCUCCGUAUGGGCCGUCAUCAACGAGCAACCACUGGAGGAGUCACCAUCUUUCACGGACACGACCAUGAACGAACCACGAGAGCAAUGA